UUCAUCGUCCAUGGAAAGACGUGUUUAAAACAAUAUACUCGGCUGUAGUUGUUUCUCUGUCUUCUCUGCAGUAGAUCAUACAUGUUAUGUCUAAUAGACGAUAAACUGAACAGAUAAAGUUGGCCAUCCUGUCCAAUUUAUCCAGUUUCGUUUUUCUCCUGGACUCCUGCUUUCUGUCUCGCGCCUCUUCCGGUAGUUUCCAGGGAAUUGGUGGGGUUCAAAGAUCUCUGCACCUCCGGAUCUACAAACUCAUUAAAACUUAUUAACCCUGAACACUGUAGUGUCUGAAACAGAGCUGAUUAAGGCUCUGAUCAGUGAUCAGUGAGCAGGUGGACUCUGGAUCUGUAGAUCAUCCUGAAGCUCUUCUUAUUCAGUUACGCCUCAGUGGCUCCACACGAAGUGAUGCUUCUUCUAUUGCUGAUGUUUGAUCUUCUCAGCUGUUCAAAUGCAGAUACCUUCUCUUUGGUGGUUCCUGACGGUGAUACAUCAGGACACUUAGGAUCUUCUGUUGUUCUGCCAUGUGGACUUUCCACUGCAUUGGACAUUAGGAGCUAUGAAGUACGCUGGUAUCGACCCAACAAAAAAGAAAACCCAAUUCUGCUGUACAAAGAUCUAAAGGUCCAGGAGAACGCUGGAGCUCCUCAGUACAGAGGCAGAGUGUCUCUGAUUGGAGAACUGCAGAAAGGGAACGUCUCUCUGAAACUGGAGAACCUUACAGUAGCAGACAGAGGAGAAUAUCUGUGCUAUGUUAAAAGUUAUAAAUGGUAUGAAGAGGCGAGCGUAUUUCUCAGGCUUCCAGUGGUUGGAUCUCCUCUUCUUCUCUCCUUUGCUGAAGCUGGAGAACAGGUGAAUGUGACCUGUGCAUCAGGUGGAUGGUCACCAAAGCCCACGCUGACCUGGAGAGACAGAGGAGGAAGAGAACUCACAGACAGUGUUAAUUAUGACUACACAGACCCUGAAGGGUUGGUGAAUGUGAGCUCUUGGCUGCUUCUCUCUCCCUCUGAGUCAGAGUGGAUCUCCUGUUCUGUGGGUUUAUCUGAUCAGGAGAUGAGAGAGAGCAGAGUUCUACCACUCAAAUCUGUUCACCACCCAGCCACGAAAACUGAUUCAACAACAGAACCAGGAGUUUCUCCAGGAUGGAAAGUUGCAACCAUCUUACUGGUUAUCAGUCUGUUGGUUCUCACUGUGGUGACAAUCAUCUUCCUCAAGUUUAGAGGUCACAUUUUCAAGAAAGGCACAACGUCCACACCAGCAGAAGAGGAAGCAUGUCGUCUUGUUGAUCCAGAAACAGCUCACACAGAAAAAAGUAACGCAGAUUUCAGCCCUCCACCUUGUCCAGUUUGUGCUGUGAGAGAAAUAAACAGAACUGAUGGAGGCACUCAGACCUCAGGUCCAGAAACUGCCAAAGAAACAAGUACAGAUGAGGAAAUACAAGCAGGUCCAGAAGCAGACAACAAAAAAGCAAUUACAGAUACAGAAAUAAAAGAUGGAGAAGUGCAAGACAUGAUUGGUGGUCUGGAAGAAAUGAGCAUUUCUGGUGGAGCCUCUAACCCUUCAGCAGGACCAGAAACAGCUGACAAAGAAACAAAUGCAGACACAGAAAUACAAGAUCUCAGCCGUCCUUCAUAUCCAGUUUGUACUUUGAAAGAAACAAACAGAACUUUUGGAGCCACUCAGACCUCAGCAUGUUCAGGAACAACUGGCAGGACACAAGGAGAGGUCGACCCUCCAUUGAUUCCAGUUUCUGCUGUGAGAGAAACAAACAGACCUGAUGGAGCCACUCAGACCUCAGUUCAAGAACCUGAUACCCAAGGAACAAGUACAAAUGAACAAAUACAAGGUCCCCAAGCAGCAAAUAAUAACACACGUCCAGAUAACGAAAUACAAGGAGAGGGCAGCUCUCCAUCGACUCCAGUUUCUGCUGUGACAGAAACAAACAGAACUGAAGGAGCCACUCAGGCCUCAGAUUGGGAAAAGAUGCUUGUAUGCAAAGUGACCAUCAAACCAGUUUCAUCUAAUUUUCCUUUGGGAACCAUAUUUAAAGAGAGAAUGUCUUCAGGACAAUAUUACUGGGAGGUGACUGGACUGACAGGACAAACAGCAACCACUCCAUCUUCAGAUAAGCGAUAUAAGUGUCCAACAUCCUGGUAUGUUGGAGUGACCAUUGAAACAGCAGAGAAGAGGAGAAAAGUUCUUUUAACUCCACAGAACGGCUACUGGGUUCUUCACUAUGAUGGAGAGAAAGGUUACUAUGUUAAUGAUCCCUCUCAGACUCCUGUUCUAGUGAGAGAUCGGUUCUCAAAGCUGGGAGUGUUUUUAGACUGUGAUGAACACAAGCUGUCUUUUUACGACUGUGAUAAACAGACACAUCUCUACACUUUCUAUGGUGUACCUUCAACAUCUCUGAUUCCACUUUUAUAUCCCGGACUCAAACCUCGAUAUACACUCGAAAUAUCUCAAACUGUGUGAAAAGUGAUGAACUUUAUCUACAGCAGUUUUGAUUGAAGAUCAGUUCCUGUAUCUGUACUGUAUGUUUUAUAAUAGUGACAAGAAUUACAAUGAAAGAAUGUAAUUAUACAUACAUCUGAAAAAAAAUGUAACAGUGCACAAAGUUAUGACUUGACUAUGCAUAUAUUUUAAUUUCGAACAAUGACAGUGCUUAAAAUGGGCUGUACAUAAGAUUAAUUUGUACUUAUUUUCAUGCACUGAGCAUUCUUUUGAGCAUUAUUUAUUUUUUAAUACCACACAACACAUAUAAAAAGGUAAUUCGGUUACUUUUAUGAAUCAGUGUGGUAUUAAAGACACAUUUAAAGGCUCUCAGAGAAAGGAAACAACAUUAGAAAUCUUGAAAGCACAAAAUGGUAUGAUAGAUCCAGUGUAUUUUUAUAAGUGAAAGGUAAAAACUAUACUUAACAUAAAGCCACCUCAUAAAAAAGGUAUAUAUUUAUGAAUUAAAACUGUUUGCAGAUCUUUCAUAAAUAUUUGUUAAAUUUCCACCUUUACAUCAUCAAAACAGCUGUUGUUUUGAAAUGCAGCCACUGUUUUACUGAACAUUUAUGCUUACAUAUUGUCGCUGUCAGAACAAAGCCUCAUAUCUCCCAGAAAGUAACUUUAUAGGAGAAGUAAAAACAUUUUUUGUUAAUGGAGAGGUCAUUUAUUCCAACUCAUUUUGGACUAUAUCUAUUAGUGGGUUCAUCAUGGAAUUUUGACACAAUAUGAAGGGUAACUGGAAAUUUCAAAAGUAUUUUAAAAAGAACGAAAAAUAUAUGAGAUAUGAGGUUUUGUAUUAACGACAACAAUAUGUAAUGCAUAAUAAGCCUUUAAAAUAUUUUCUAUAUCAUUUUGUUCUACACUUUGACGACAUUAUCUAGAAGAAAGCUCACUCCAGAAC